AUGGCCGAAGGAAGCGAAGGAGACAAAGAGAGAAGCAUGAAGCGACUUCUUCUCAUGGUAAACUGUCUCUUACUCGUCAUUGGAACCUCCGGCGGCCCACUCAUAAUGCGUCUUUAUUUCCUCCGCGGCGGCCACCGCGUCUGGCUCUCCAGCUUCCUCGAAACCGCGGGCUUCCCCUUCAUGCUUCUCCCCCUCGCCGUCUCCUAUCUCCGCCGCCGUAGCGCCGCGGCGGAGGCGAGAACCGCCAAACCCAGCCUCAUCUCGAUGAAACCCCCUCUCCUAGCGGCCUCUGUAUUCAUCGGAGUCCUCACCGGCCUCGACGACUACCUCUACGCCUACGGCGUGGCGCGCCUCCCCGUGUCCACGUCAGCUCUCAUCAUCGCCACCCAGCUCGGCUUUACCGCGUUCUUUGCAUUUCUCCUGGUGCGCCAGAAAUUCACCUCGUACUCCGUGAACGCCGUGGUUUUGCUCACGGUCGGCGCCGGCGUGCUGGCGCUCCACACGAGCGGAGACCGCCCCCCCGGCGAGUCCGUUAAGGAGUACGCGAUGGGGUUCGUGAUGACAGUAAUUGCUGCAGCAUUAUACGGCUUCGUGUUACCCUUGGUGGAGAUGGUGUACAAAAAAACCAAACAACCUAUUACCUAUUCUCUUGUCAUGGAGAUUCAGUUUGUCAUGUGUUUCUCCGCUACCGUCUUUUGCGUCAUCGGCAUGAUUAUAAACAACGACUUUAAGGUGAUUCCGAGGGAAGCCAAAGAAUUCAAGCACGGGGAAGUUAAUUACUACACUGUGUUGGUGGGGAGUGCAAUAAUGUGGCAAGCUUUCUUCUUGGGAGCCAUUGGUGUUAUAUUUUGUGCCUCUUCUUUGUUUUCUGGUAUUUUAAUUGCGGUUUUGUUACCCAUCACGGAAGUGUUGGCGGUUAUUUUCUACAAAGAGAAGUUUCAAGCAGAGAAGGGUGUUUCUCUGUUACUGUCCCUUUGGGGCAUGGUGUCUUACUUUUAUGGGGAGAUUAAACAUGACAGAAAAAUGAAGAAGAAGGAGAAGAACAGUGACAUGGAAGCAACAGAGAUGCCUCAACUUCAGUAUACCUGA